GAGGAGAGGAGAGAGAGGAGGGGCUUAAAAAAAAGUAUGAACUUGUGCAUGAUUUGGCUGCAGGAAGCAUUAAGAAGGGAAAAGACUGCAAAACAGGACGUGGUACACGCACUCGUUCUCAGCCGUCAGUGUGGACACCGUCGCUUAUGGAGACUCCUUUUUCUUCUCCUCACGUUUUCUCGUGCGCUCCUUCACUCCUGCUACUUGUUGAUUAAAUCGGGAGCUUGAACGGAACGCGUGCUGCGUCUCACUCACUCACUUCUUUUUCUUUUUUUUUCUCUCUCUCUCUUCUCUUCUCUCUCUCACCACUGUGCGUAAUUUCGGACCAGAAAGGCGACAUCACAACAACAUUAGGACGAGGACUCGGCGCAGAUCAAGAGGAAAAGUGAGGGAAAAUGAAAGGCGUCCUGGAUUUCUGCUUGGUUUUCUUCAUGCUCACGCACUCUCCCGGCGCGCUGUCCCUGUCCACACAUGUAGCCAUCAUCUACCCCCAGGACCCCGUCCUUCACAUGGGGUCCAACCUGACCGCCAGCUGCUGGGUCCACCCUGACCUCGGCAUCCAUGCCAGCUCUCUGUUCUGGACGCUCAAUGGUCAACAGCUGCCCAACUCCCACUACCGAGUGCUGAGCCCGACCAACCUCAGCGUCACUCUGGUCGGACUCAACGCCUCCAAGCAAACGUCCGGGGAUAAUCUGGUUUGCCACAACCACAAGGGACACAUCUUAGCUGGCUCCUGCCUCUACGUUGGGAUGCCUCCAGAGAAGCCGGUCAAUUUGACCUGCUGGUCCAGGAACACCAAAGACCUGACUUGCAGCUGGGCCCCAGGGGGAAGAGGAGAGACCAACAUUAGUACACAGUACACACUCAAGUACAAACUCAGGUGGUAUGGGAAGGAGAAGGAGUGCGAGGAUUACACUCACACGCAGCCGUACUCCUGCAGCAUCACCCGCGACCUGCACCUCUUCACACCCUACGAGAUCUGGGUGGAGGCUACCAACCAGCUGGGCCGGGCUACCUCUGAUGUCAUCACCCUUGACAUCUUAGACGUGGUGACUACGGACCCACCGUCAGGUGUGACCGUGAGUCGCGUCGGUCAGUUGGAGGACCAGCUGAGUGUUCGCUGGGAGGCCCCGCCCGCUCUCAAAGACUUCCUGUUUCAGGCCAAAUACCAGAUCCGCUACAGACUGGAGGAGAGCCAGGAAUGGAAGGUGAUGGAUGACGUCGGGAACCAGACUUCUUGCAGACUGGCGGGACUCAGACCUGGGACUGUGUAUUUCGUCCAGGUCCGCUGCAACCCUGUGGGCAUCUAUGGCUCUCGCAAAGCUGGGAUCUGGAGCGAGUGGAGUCAUCCCACUGCUGCGUCCACACCCCACAGUGAGCGCUUCAUGUCGGGCUCCUGUGACUCCAAGUCCAGUGGCGACUCCAACUCCACCCUGCGGCGGGAGCUGAAGCAGUUCUUCGGCUGGGUGCGGAAGCACGCCUACGGCUGCAGCAGCAUGUCCAUGAAGCUGUACGACCAGUGGCGAGUGCUGAUGCAGAAGUCCCACAAAGCUCGCAACCAGGUAGGUUCUCCAAGGGGAUAAAUCCUAGCACAUGCUGCCUUCACAGGCACAAAACAAGUCAAGAAAAGAACUGAGUGAGUGUGAUUUGUGUUUAUGUCUGUCUCUCUGUGUGUGUGUGUGUGUGUGAGAGAGAAAUGAGAAAGAGAUUGUAUUCAUAUAUGGGAAAUAUAAAGACAAUUUGUUCUGGACAUUUUAUGCGGAUGACAGCAAUGAAACGAGAGAGGACAUCCAAAGAAAAAAACAAACUGUGGGAUAUUCUUCCUUGAACGCGUCGAGUUGCUGCUUUUUGCCUGCGAACGUUUUGCAGUCGGGAAGGACGGAGGAGGCGAACGAGUCGCGGAUCCUCCCCGGUGUCGGCCGCGGACAACGCUUGUUUUCACGAACAUGGAAAACUGUAGCAUGAAUAACUGGGACGACAGUAGAGACGUUUGACAUGUGCCUGCUCUGCGUGUGCACAGAGGAGGUCCAAAAACAGAAUCUUUCUACGCUGACCUUUGUGAGUUUCUCCUGUGGAUUCAAGGCACCAUCUAGUGGCUGAACACACACGGACACUUCACUCAAAGCAUUCCCUUUGCUCCUGAGAGAGAGAGAAGAGGAAAUGAACAAAUUAUCAUUCAGUAUUUCUAAUUCAUGCUUUGUUAUAUACGUGGAUAAUGUGCCAAAACUGGUUCACCCAGGAUUCCUCUGUUUUCUGAGUGACAGCGUGUGACUGAUGAUGAUGAUGAUGAUGAGGUGUUUGGGUGUGGAAACUUUUCACUGCCUUUUUUUUCUUUUUUUUUUGUACUGAGUUGAACCAGCCAUAUUUAAAACUGUAUAAAGUUAUGUUUUAUUUCUUAAGUUAUGUUUAGUUAGUAAAGAAAUAUCAAUGACUGAAGUUGUUAUCAAUGUCUAAUGU